UUUCUCUCUCUCUCUCUCUCUCUCUCUCUUCCUCGCUCCCUCUCUUUCUCUCCUCCCUCUGCCUUCCCCGUGCAUAAAGUCUCCGUCGCUCUUGGAACUUGUUGGCAAUGCCUAUUUUUCAGCUUUCCCCCGCGUUCUCUAAACUAACUAUUUAAAGGUCUGCGGUCGCAAAUGGUUUGACUAAACGUAGGAUGGGACUUAAGUUGAACGGCAGAUAUAUUUCACUGAUCCUCGCGGUGCAAAUAGCGUACCUGGUGCAGGCCGUGAGAGCAGCGGGCAAGUGCGAUGCGGUCUUUAAGGGCUUUUCGGACUGUUUGCUCAAGCUGGGCGACAGCAUGGCCAACUACCCGCAGGGCCUGGACGACAAGACGAACAUCAAGACCGUGUGCACAUACUGGGAGGAUUUCCACAGCUGCACGGUCACAGCCCUUACGGAUUGCCAGGAAGGGGCGAAAGAUAUGUGGGAUAAACUGAGAAAAGAAUCCAAAAACCUCAACAUCCAAGGCAGCUUAUUCGAACUCUGCGGCAGCGGCAACGGGGCGGCGGGGUCCCUGCUCCCGGCGCUCCCAGUGCUUCUGGUGUCUCUCUCGGCAGCUUUAGCGACUUGGCUUUCCUUCUGAGCGCGGGGCCGGCUCCCCCCCGCGCGCCCACCCACACUCACUCCAUGCUCCCGGAAAUCGAGAGGAAGAUCCAUUCGUUCUUUGGGGACGUUGUGAUUCUCUGUGAUGCUGAAAACACUCAUAUAGGAUUGUGGGAAAUUCCGAUUCUCCUUUUGAUUUCGUUCGAUUUCUUGUGUUUUAUUUGCCAAAUGUUACCGAUCAGUGAGCAAGCAAGCACAGCCAAAACCGGACCUCAGCUUUAGUCCGUCUUCACACAAAAAUAAGGAAAACGGCAAACCCACCCCAUUUCUUUUUUAAUUUUUAUUUUUUUGGCACAAGAAUCUCAGGAACGGCCCUGGGCCACCUACUAUAUUAAUCAUGUUAAUACAUGACAAAUGAUGGGCUCCUCCUAAUAGCAAAGAGAGGAGAGGAGAAGGCCAGGGGAAUGAAAUCAAGAGAGAUGUCCGCGAGGAAGGCAUAUGGUGAAUAACUCACGCUCACGUCUUUCUUCCACAGUAUCUUGUUUUGAUCAUUUCCACUGCACAUUUCUCCUCGAGGAAAGUGAAAGGACAGAUCGUUGACUUUGUGUUUUAAGGAUAGGAGGGAGAGAGGGAAAGGAUUGAGGAAAUCUCGGGGGUAUAGGGAAAGGCUGCCAGCAGAAUCGUUGCUAAAGUCACUGAGAGGUUAAGCUUUACCUGGUGUUGUUGAUGCAUCUUUCCAAGUCCACUGCCUUUAUUUUCCCUCUCGUUUUAGCUGUUACACAUACGGUAAUACCUGAAUAUCCAACGGUAUAGAUCACAGGGGGGGAUGUUAAAUGUUAAUCUAAAAUAUAGUUAAAAAAAGAUUUUGACAUAAAAGAGCCUUGAUUUUAAAAAAAAAGAGAGAGAUGUAAUUUAA